UCGUUUUUUUGUUUUCUUUUACUGUUAGAUUAGUAGAAUUAUUAUUGUUAGUCUGUAGCAUAGGUGGAGUAGUAUCAGAGUAUCACAUCACAGUGGAGUAUCUGUAUCGAUAUCUCUAUCGGUAUGUCGAACGCCAUAGUAAACGGGAUGGCCGGAGCCGGCGGAGGCAUUAUCGCUCAGAUAAUUACCUACCCUCUCCAAACGGUGAAUACACGCCAGCAAACGGAAAGAGUUGCUAAGAAGGACUCAGUUCAAUCACCUUCCACACGACCUCAUGGGAGCACACUUGUUCACAUUUUUCAGGUCAUUAAAAAUGAAGGCUUGGGAGGACUUUACAGCGGCCUCAAGCCUUCUCUGCUUGGCACUGCUGCUUCUCAGGGUAUAUAUUAUUCAUUUUACCAAGCUUUCAAAAACAAGGCUGAGGCUAUUGCAAGUGCAAAUAAAAGAAAAGGACGAGGAGAUGGUUCACCUGGAAUGCUUUCUUGGCUUGUAGUAGCUGCUCUUGCUGGGUCAGUAAAUGUGCUGCUGACCAACCCAAUAUGGGUUCUUGUGACUCGUAUGCAGACUCACACUCAAGCAGAAAGAAAAAUUGUGGAGGCAAAAAAGGAAGCUUUAAUAAAGGAAGCUUCAGGAAAUGUUCUCUUAGAUUCUUCCUUGUCAGCCCAGCUGGCAGUGCUUGAUUCCAUAAAGCCCCAUCCCUAUGGAACAUUUCAAGCGGCAUGCGAGGUUUAUAAUGAAUCUGGAAUUGCUGGAUUCUGGAAAGGCCUCAUCCCGACACUAAUAAUGGUGUGCAAUCCAUCAAUUCAGUUCAUGAUUUAUGAGACUUUGUUAAAGCAUCUGAGGACUAGGCGAGUGGCUAAGAGACAAGGUUCCAAGAAUGUAACAGCUCUGGAGAUUUUUCUAGUGGGGGCUGUGGCAAAACUCGGAGCAACUGUUUGUACGUACCCUCUGUUGGUUGUUAAGUCAAGACUUCAAGCAAAGCAGGAAAUUGGAGGAAAUUUGUCAUUAAGAUAUUCAGGUACACUUGAUGCGAUCAUUAAAAUGAUCCGUUACGAAGGGGUUAGCAGUUUUUACAAAGGGAUGAGCACAAAGAUAGUACAGAGUGUUUUUGCUGCAUCGGUACUUUUCAUGGUGAAGGAGGAGCUUGUUAAGGCCUAUGCUCUAUUCUCAGAGAAAGGUCGUCUGAAGAGUGUUGGGUGAUAUUAUUACCACCUGGAAGUUAUAUGCGCUGCUUAGUUUGACAAGAGCAAGGUGAGAUCGAUGUUAUGUUUCUUUUCCUAUUGAUGAUUGUGAAACAAAUUGUGGAGUUGUUGAGAAUGUUUUCACUCUUGUUGUCGGAUGUCAAGUUAAGAGAGUGGGCGACCCGUCAUGGCACUGAAAAGAAGCAUUGUGGAGGUCAUCUAAUUAGUUAUCUCAGCUCUCUUAAACAUCAGAUCACACAAAAUAGAGCGCUUGUAAUGUGGAUAUCUCUGAUAUGUGGGCUCUUCACUAAAACCUAUCCUGUGUCUGUGUUGCAGAAAUUCAAUCUAAAUUGUAAUGUGUAUCAUAUAUAUUAGCUAUGUUUCUGUGCCUGUGCAAUAUCCAGCUACCAAGAUUACUGCUAAACCCCCACUCCACCCGAAGUUUAG